GGAGAGCAGGAUGACGUCAUCGCUUCGGGGCUGCUGCAGGAUGAAGUGGAAAGCUGCUGCUGAUGGCAUUGUUUUUGUGGCAGCCACUGAAUGACAGAGCCUCCCUACAAAGAUACCCCUGUGGCCCCCGUGUAGGCCUCCUGGUCCGGGUGUUUCACCAUGCCAGCACAGCGCCAUGAGUCCUGGAUGCAUGCUGCUGUUUGUGUUUGGCUUUGUUGGCGGGGCGGUGGUCAUUAAUUCUGCUAUCUUAGUAUCUCUCUCUGUUUUGCUGCUUGUGCACUUUUCUAUUUCUACCGGUGUGCCAGCUCUGACGCAGAAUCUACCAAGGAUACUCAGAAAAGAACGCCCUAUAUCAUUAGGGAUUUUCCCAUUACCUGCUGGAGAGGGAUUGCUUACACCAGAUACUCAGAAAGGCGGAGAGACCCCUGGAUCAGAGCAGUGGAAAUUUCAGGAAUUAAGUCAACCACGUUCUCAUACCAGCCUGAAGGAUGAACUUUCUGAUGUCAGCCAAGGAGGAUCUAAAGCUACCACUCCAGCGUCAACAGCUGCAUCAGAUGUGGCAGUAAUUCCUACUGACACUCCCUUAAAGGAAGAUAAUGAAGGAUUUGUGAAAGUGGCAGAUACACCAAAUAAGUCAGAGAUAAGCAAGCAUAUUGAAGUACAGGUAGCUCAAGAAACUAGAAAUGUAUCAACAGGCUCUGCUGAAAAUGAAGAGAAGUCAGAAGUUCAAGCAAUCAUUGAAUCCACUCCUGAGUUGGAUAUGGACAAAGAUCUCAGUGGAUAUAAAGGCUCAAGCACUCCCACCAAAGGCAUAGAGAACAAAGCUUUUGAUCGCAAUACAGAAUCUCUCUUUGAAGAACUGUCUUCAGCUGGCUCAGGCCUAAUUGGAGAUGUGGAUGAAGGAGCGGAUUUACUAGGGGAAUAUUCUGACCAUAAUUUCUUUGGAAUGGGUCGUGAAGUCGAGAAUCUUAUAUUAGAAAAUACACAACUAUUGGAAACCAAAAAUGCUUUGAAUGUAGUGAAGAAUGAUUUGAUAGCGAAGGUGGACGAGCUGACCUGUGAGAAAGAUGUGCUGCAGGGAGAGCUGGAGGCCGUGAAACAGGCCAAACUGAAGCUGGAGGAAAAGAACAAGGAGCUGGAGGAGGAGCUCCGGAAAGCUCGCGCAGAAGCUGAAGACGCACGACAAAAAGCAAAAGAUGAUGAUGACAGUGAUAUUCCCACAGCCCAGAGGAAGCGGUUUACUAGAGUAGAAAUGGCCCGUGUUCUAAUGGAGAGAAACCAGUAUAAAGAGAGAUUGAUGGAGCUUCAGGAAGCUGUUCGAUGGACAGAGAUGAUUCGUGCAUCAAGAGAAAAUCCAGCCAUGCAGGAAAAAAAAAGGUCAAGCAUUUGGCAGUUUUUCAGCCGACUUUUUAGCUCCUCAAGUAAUACUGCUAAGAAGCCUGAACCACCUGUUAAUUUGAAGUACAAUGCACCCACCUCUCACGUGACUCCUUCUGUCAAGAAAAGAAGCAGCACCUUGUCUCAGCUCCCUGGUGAUAAGUCCAAAGCCUUUGAUUUCCUUAGCGAAGAAACUGAAGCUAGUUUAGCCUCACGCAGAGAGCAGAAGAGAGAACAGUAUCGUCAGGUGAAGGCCCACGUUCAGAAGGAAGAUGGUAGAGUGCAGGCUUUUGGCUGGAGUCUGCCUCAGAAGUACAAACAGGUAACCAAUGGCCAAGGGGAAAAUAAGAUGAAAAAUCUACCUGUGCCUGUCUAUCUCAGACCUCUAGAUGAAAAAGACACAUCAAUGAAGCUGUGGUGUGCUGUUGGAGUCAAUUUAUCAGGUGGGAAGACCAGAGACGGUGGUUCUGUUGUCGGAGCGAGUGUGUUUUACAAGGAUGUCACCGGUUUGGACACGGAAGGCAGCAGACAGCGAAGUGCGUCCCAGAGUAGUUUAGACAAGUUAGACCAGGAACUUAAGGAACAGCAGAAGGAGUUAAAAAAUCAAGAAGAAUUAUCCAGUCUAGUCUGGAUCUGUACCAGCACUCAUUCAGCUACAAAAGUAAUCAUUAUUGAUGCUAUUCAACCAGGCAACAUCCUAGACAGUUUCACUGUGUGCAACUCUCACGUGCUCUGUAUCGCCAGUGUGCCAGGAGCAAGAGAAACCGACUACCCUGCAGGGGAAGAGCUUUCAGAAUCUGGACAGGUGGACAAAGCAUCCCUGUGUGGCAGCGUGACCAGCAAUAGCUCGGCAGAGACAGACAGCCUGCUGGGGGGCAUCACUGUGGUUGGCUGUUCUACAGAAGGGGUGACAGCAGCCGCCACUUCCCCUGGUACCAACGGCGCUUCUCCUGUGUCGGAAAAACCAGCAGAAAAGGAAGCAGAAAAUCGUGAGGUUGAUGAGAACGUUCCAACAGCAGAAGAAGCCACCGAGGCCACAGAAGGCAACGCAGGGUCAGCCGAAGACACCACGGACGCCUCCCAGCCUGGCGUCUACACAGAGCACGUCUUCACGGACCCUCUGGGGGUUCAAAUCCCAGAAGACCUCUCGCCCGUGUAUCAGUCAAGUAAUGACUCAGAUGCGUAUAGAGAUCAAAUAUCAGUAUUGCCAAAUGAACAAGACCUGGUGCGAGAAGAAGCCCAGAAAAUGAGUAGCCUUCUACCGACUAUGUGGCUUGGAGCUCAGAAUGGCUGUCUGUAUGUGCACUCCUCCGCAGCCCAGUGGAGAGGAUGCCUCCAUUCCAUUAAACUUAAAGAUUCGAUUCUCAGUAUUGUACACGUGAAAGGGAUUGUGUUAGUGGCCCUGGCUGACGGCACCCUUGCGAUCUUUCACAGAGGAGCUGAUGGGCAGUGGGAUUUGUCAAACUAUCACCUGCUGGACCUUGGACGGCCUCACCAUUCCAUUCGGUGCAUGACAGUGGUACAUGACAAAGUCUGGUGUGGCUACAGGAACAAAAUCUAUGUGGUUCAGCCGAAGGCUAUGAAAAUAGAGAAAUCCUUUGACGCACACCCCAGGAAGGAGAGCCAGGUGCGGCAGCUUGCGUGGGUAGGGGACGGGGUGUGGGUCUCCAUUCGCUUGGACUCCACGCUCCGUCUCUACCAUGCGCACACUUACCAACACCUCCAGGAUGUGGACAUUGAGCCUUACGUAAGCAAAAUGUUAGGUACUGGAAAACUGGGCUUCUCUUUUGUGAGGAUCACAGCUCUUAUGGUGUCUUGCAAUCGUUUGUGGGUGGGGACAGGAAACGGUGUCAUUAUCUCCAUCCCAUUGACAGAAACCGUAAUCCUCCACCAGGGACGCUUACUGGGGCUGAGGGCGAAUAAAACCUCAGGAGCACCAGGAAACCGUCCUGGAAGUGUAAUCCGCGUGUAUGGCGAUGAGAACAGCGAUAAAGUGACUCCGGGGACGUUCAUACCCUAUUGCUCGAUGGCACACGCCCAGCUUUGCUUCCAUGGGCACCGGGAUGCGGUGAAGUUCUUUGUGGCAGUCCCAGGUCAAGUCGUCAGCCCACAAAGUGGCAGUAGUGGCACCGAUCUAACAGGUGACAGAGCAGGGCCGUCUGCACAGGAGGCUGGCAGCCAGACGCCCUUGAAGUCUAUGCUCGUCAUCAGUGGAGGCGAGGGCUACAUCGACUUCCGAAUGGGUGAUGAGGGGGGAGAAUCAGAACUUCUUGGAGAGGAUCUUCCACUGGAGCCUUCUGUUGCCAAAGCGGAAAGGAGUCACCUGAUCGUGUGGCAAGUGCUUUGUGGCAGCGAGUGAGUGAGCACACAGGAGGCCGCCUGGCGGGGACGGGGAGGCCGUCUCUUCUGCAUGGUUUCUUUUCCCUUUGCCCCUUAAUUUAAUGCUCUCCUCGUGAAAUCCGUUUCACCACAUGAUGUGUGAGCAUUUUUUUUCCUGUUAACUUUAUCUCACAAGACUUGUCCUGCCCGUAACAAUACAGGAACUAGCUGUUUUACUGCACCAGUGUUCGAGGAGAUUUCAGUACGUUAUGAACAAAUCAAGGAAUGUUCACUCUGCAAACUGGUGAAUUCUAGGAAGCAAUCUAUGCGUGGCUCACUCUGCCACAGCUAGUGUCGCACACUACGUUCGAUGGGGUCACUUUUGAGCUGUCGCCAAUAAUGGAAUUAAUGGGAACCCUUGAUAAGUGGAACUGUACCGUUCAGUACAAUAACAGUCUUCCCCAGUGUGCUGUAAAACUGACACAAACUAGUACCAGGUGGGUUAUCAGGCGCUCUCAGUGUCCCAGGGGGCUACAAGCUAACUGUAAAUUACUUUGACUUUCAAAUCUGACAAAUCUUGUUUAUAUAUAGUAUAUAAAACCUUGUUUUCAUCAGAUUUGGGGGGGUUUUAUAUUGAAGAAAUUAAGACUACACUAUUUAAAUAAAAGUUUCCUGUUUCUGACUUAUUAGAGCUCUACAGUUUAUGAGGCCUGCUCUCUGGAUAUUGUAAUGAUGAUUCUGAGAUUAAUUAGUCUCCCUCGUUUUCAUACUGACAUGUCGGGAAGGGUUACCGUUGGUAACGGCUCAGAGGAUUGCUUCAGCUGUGGGAGGACUUGUCCUUGAGGAAAUUGGGUUUGGAUCGCUGUAGCCAGGGAGGGCGGUGGCUGGUGGAGGUUUCUCCAGGUAAAAACGUCACCUGUUCUCCAGUUCUGGGACCGUACUUCCCAGUCCCCGAGAGCAAAGCAGCAGCGAAGCGUCCUGGGAACCGCAGGACAGUGUUCUCUCUGGUUCUGUGUAAAACUGCAGAACAGCCAGCACUUGAAAUUUUGUAUAUAAAUGACACCUUUAAGCUUUUGUGCCCUUUUGAGAUUAAAAUGCCACCUUCAAAGAGGAGAGCCACGAAGGGGAAGAAGACAAAGCCGAGAUACCAUAAAGUAGAACUUUCAUGUCCACCUUUUUACUCCUAACGCCCAUUUCAAAAGUUGAGUUCAGGUUUUCUUGUGUCCUGCGUUUUAAAAAACCAUUAUGCUGCAGUUCUUCCCCCUCCCGAACGCCUUGAAAACGCGUGAUUUACCAUUUCUUUAAGCAAAGCUAAAUAGAAAUUGAAGUGUUAAUUUUAAAAUAUAAACCUGUUGAAUAACGGACCCCGAUCACCAGAAGGCGCGCUGGAGGGAAAGUAAGCCAGCACUGGCCUCAGACUGUGGAAGCGCUCUGAAGCACGGAGGCCCGUGGCUCCUGAGCAGUGAAAAGUGUGCCGCUGUCCUGAAGCAUCGCCUGGCUCAGCUAGGUGAUAAGUACAUGGGGUCUGAGGGGCCGGAGGGAGCCUUUGGCUCCACUGGGCCAUGAUCUGCGUGGGCGCAUCGAGUCACGACGAAGCAGCGGCCACCUCACAUGGCCAGGAGAAAGGAGCCCCCUUUGGCAAAAGCUGUAGUGAAAGGCUGAUUUUUUGCUUGAGAUACUUCAGCCUCUUUUUCAUAGCUUAGAAGCUACUCUUUUAUUUCAAAUCUGAGCCAUUCUUGGCACUACCUAAAAACCAAAAAAAACCCCCUCACAUUGUUAAAGCGUUUUGCCGGGGGGGGGGGGGAUUGCAUAAAUUCACAAAAAGGAGACCCCAAAGUGUUUGGGGAUUUUAAUCCCAAGAAAUAAACAUCCCGAGUCAGACCCCACUUGCCGUUCAGUUUGUACAUGUUUGUACGACCAAAUGUCAGUUAGGAAAUCAGGAGUUAAAAGAUGAAAAACGCGAACAUGUUACAAUGGCUCUAAUUGCUCUUAUUGGCUUUAACUUAAGGAAUAUAGGGAUGUAGCUGUUUUAUCUAAAGCCGUCAGAUUGUCCGCGGCCCUGUUAGUUAACAUCAGGGCCUAGAGAGAGUACAGAAAUGCUCAUACAAUUUGUGUUAAGGGCUUGUCCUUAUAUGUGUAAUAUUGUUUAAAUACUUUUGCACAUCACCUUAUUCCCCUCCUUUCCCCAAUAACAGGUUUAUAUUUUUGUAACCUUCACUUUGGUUAAGGUGGUAAUGUUCACUAUGGUAAGAACCAAAAUGUAAGCUUCUUGCAAGCAGCAAAGUGGUUGGGGCAGACUGCCUCGAGCUUCCAGCCCGAGGGUAGAGAAGAGGCUUGAAUACCUUGGGUUGGUCUCUCCAUGUCCAAAAUACAGGUAUUGUCCCUGUUGGAAGAAUAAGGGAAACCCGAGAAUCUUCUCCUUUUGUUAUGCUUGGCUGAUGUACGAGGUUGACCGCGUGAAGCCGCCAUGCUCACCCGCUGCUGGUCCUCAAGAAUGUCCGUAUCCUACGCUCCCACCUAACGCUUACUGUGAAAUGCAGGCGAAAGUCCCUGGGUGGCAAAGGGAGGAUAUUCUUGAAGAACUGCACCACUUUGAGGGUGUUUUUCUCCAACCUGUGUGGAUCUACGCGUUUUAAACGGGAAGGAAUAUCUUAACGGAUGCAGCUCGUUGAGAGUGUAAACCAUUUUGAGCACAAACUAUGCAGCACGUAACUUUUCAAAUUAAGUGUGUUUGCAUAGAAAAGAUGAAAAUACAUUCUCUCAGUUGCUGUCUUGUUCAUUUCUUGUAAAGGUCUUACUGCAUUUGAGAAUAGACCCUUUAACAUAGGCUGCCUUAGUAACAGAACAAAGCAAAACAGUUGUCUCAUAAUAUUAACCGUCCUAAAGAAUGUGCGUCUUUCUUGCAAAUGCUGUGGAACUGAAUAUUUAUUUCCUUGUGAGUAUUAUGACCGUUACCAAAGGACUCCACCGGACUUAGGCCUCUUCUUCAUGGAUCAUGUUGAGAAAGGGACUCGUUUGGCCCCUGCUUGUGACAUGGGAAGAGUAGAGAAGAGAGAAUUAAAUGUGGAAAUCAUCAGUGCUUUUCUAACAGGGUGAUGCUAUUUUGUAACACUAAAUGUCUUCUUCUUUCUCUUAAAAAAAUUAAGUUUUUAUUAUUAAUUUUGUCGUACAUUUCUCAAUAUAUUUGAAUAUAUUUUAACCAUUUUAUGUUCUGAAUUUGUUUCUUGUCCUAGACAUUUUCUCCAGACUCUUACUGGCCUCUAUAAUCUGACAAAUGGGUUCUAGAGUGUUCCACUCGUUGUCUGUUAGAGGCUGAGGCUUCAUUUCUGUGAGCAAAAAGCUCAUUUAGCAAUGUAGUUAUUUCGGUAUUUAUUUCUAUUAUGGAAUCCCUGGGGUUCGGAAUGUAACUUUGUACAUGAAAUAUAUAUAAAUAUGUAUAUGAAACACGUA